AUGGUUUCAGAGCCUGCGCGCCACUGGCCAACGCCUGCAGGACCCCUGACUAUCCAAUGGGGCGCCGCGGUUUCCCGUUUCCCUGUGGCGCGUCCCAGUGGCCGGGCAUCCGGAAAUGGCAGCCUUUCUCGUCCCUUUUUCGCAAUCAACACUGUUCUGCCUCUUCUCUUUUCUCGACAACGCUCACGAUCACGAAUUGCCAUUGCCUGCGCUCCGACAGUAUAUCUUCCAUCUCUACCGCCGACCACUCGUCAAAUCCAUUCUUCGCGCCUCCACACCGGCCCUUUGCCCAUACUGCGUCCGGGUGAACUCGUGCCUCUUUGCCCAUUGACGGACGACCCCUUUUUGAUAAUCGAAUAUCUCACCGUCUUCACCACCGCCAUCAUGUCGCCCCUCGAGCGCUUCAGCAAAUGGGUCCAGCUCAAGAUCUACCAGUUUGAGGUCACCUACAGCGUCUACAUGCUGACACCCACGGAGAAGUUCUUUGUCUACUCCCUCCUCUUCCUCCUCACGAGCCUGACCUCCAUCGCCAUCUUCCUCUACCUCCCCCACCACGUCGCCUUCCUGAUCAACCGCGCCUGGUUCUACGCCCACGGUGACAGCCAGUUUGACGCAGCCCAGAGCCUACUGCAGGGCGUGGUCGUAGCAGAAAAGGCCGGCACCACGGCUGCCGUGCAAGUUACCACGACUGUCGAGAGCCUCGCCGACGCCGCUGCGACGGUCGUGCGGGAGCUGUAG